AUGGUCAGUUCCUGCUGUGGCUCCACCUGCUCUGGCCAGAGCUGUGGCUCCCGCUGCUGCCGCCCCAGCUGCUGCCAGUCCUGCUGCCGCCCCAGCUGCUGUAUUACUAGCUGUUGCCAGCCGUGCUGCCGCCCAACCUGCUGUAGACCAAGUUGUUGCCAGUCUGUGUGCUGCCAACCAACCUGCUACCGCCCUUCGUGCUGCCAAACCACCUGUUGCCGCACAACUUGCUGCCGCCGCAGCUGCUGUGGGUCCAGUUGCUGCCGCCCCAGCUGCUGUGGGUCCAGCUGCUGCCGCCCCAGAUGCUGUAUUUCUAGCUGCUGUCAGCCCUGCUGCCGCCCCAGCUGCGGUGUGUCCAGCUGCUGCCGCCCCAGCUGCUGUAUUUCUAGCUGCUGUCAGCCCUGCUGCCGCCGCAGCUGCUGUGUGUCCAGCUGCUGCCUCCCCAGCUGCUGUACUUCUAGCCGCUGCCGGCCCUGCUGCCGUCCCACCUGCUGCCAGACCACCUGCUGCAGAUCCUCUUGCUGCUGA